UGCGCACACGCGGCCCCUCCUCCGUUGGGCUGCGGGCGUUGCGGGUGCGAGCGGCACCGGCACCGGCAUGGGCGUGCAUGUGGAGACCAUCGCCCCCGGCGACGGGCGGACGUUCCCCAAGCGCGGCCAGACCUGCGUGGUGCACUACACGGGUAUGCUGGAGGAUGGGAAGAAGUUUGAUUCCUCCCGCGACAGGAACAAGCCGUUCAAGUUUGUGAUGGGCAAGCAGGAGGUGAUCCGUGGCUGGGAGGAAGGAGUCGCUCAGAUGAGUGUUGGUCAGCGGGCAAAGAUGACCAUCUCCCCAGAUUACGCCUACGGCUCCACUGGCCACCCAGGGAUCAUCCCACCAAACGCCACUCUAAUUUUUGACGUGGAGCUCAUGAAAUUGGAAUGACCCAUCCCAGCACCCUGUCCUUGGGUUUGGCACAUGGAGGAAUCCAGAAUCUCAGCUUCAAGAAGAGUGCACAUGACUUUAUACGGAGCUUUUCCUGAUAGCCCACUACACUCAUUGUAUAACCUUACACCUUGAUUGAAUGCCUUUGGUCACUAAGCUUUGCGUCUGACUCUUCCUCCUUGUAUUGUGUUUUUAUGUCUUUUUAAACUAUACGCCGUAAACCUCAACUCUUUUUGGGUCAAGUUCUUAAUCUUAUUUUUGCUCCAGGUGUAGACUACGUUUUCCCAGUAGCACGCAGAUAGGCUGACCUUAGAUAGAAGUCAUUUGAACAAAAGGAAUCCUGUUAGUUACUCGUUUUCAUGCAGAUUUAUGGUGUUUUCAAACCAGAAAUUGCUGCUGCUGCAAAAGCCAUAGCAGAGUGAGGUUGUUGAGGCUGAAGGGAUGCAGAGAGCAAGGUAGCACUAGGAUUGUUCAUAGGAAUUCUGCCUGGAAUGGGACAGCGAGGGAGCCUGGCCUUUCCCUGCUCCCUGGGGAGCAUCGCUGCAGGCAUUGUGGGUUUGCUCUGGGAAAGGAGGGCUGCUCUGCCCCUGCUUCACCCUGCCAUCUCACGGUGGGCCUGCCUUCCCCUCCUGACCACUUUUGGAUUUAGGGAGUUGGGUUUCCACCAGAGCUCCACCACACCUUGAAAAUCCUGUAGCAUGGAGCUUUCUUUAAAGAAAAAAGGAAAACUGGACAAGGGGAAGGUUCUGUCUGCAGGGGAGGUGGUGGGGGCUCAACUCAACAAAAAUGCCUCUGUCCUCCUUCCCCAUGGAAAGGAACCAUCAGCCCCCACAUUGUUCCCGCUCUGAGCACACCUGCCCAUUCUCUCCUGCCACCUGAUGCUGGUCAUCGCUGCUUGCCUGGUGUCACAGGAUGCGUAGCUGUCCCCUGUGCCCCCCUCUGCCCUGCCCAGUCUGUUGGUAACAGAAAUUCCCGCCGGUCACUUCCUUCUCCGCCGCACAAAGGUAUCCAGUUUAUUAUCGCAAUAAAAACGCUUUAUGCUGGCUUUUCUCA